AUGGUUAUUUUAGCGCACCCGAAUUUUAGAUCCAUAAUUUUGUUUUUCGUAGUAUUGUUAUUAUGCAAUUUAGCUUCAUCUCAACCAGUAGGAAAAUUCCCUGAUUAUAAAGUUAGAGUAAAAGAACCGACUAUUUGUGAUGGAGCCGUUAAACAGCAUUCAGGAUAUUUUGAUAUUGAUGACAAAAAACACUUUUUCUUUUGGGCUUUCGAAUCGAGAAAUAAACCUCUAGAAGAUCCUGUAGUUCUUUGGCUUCAUGGUGGCCCUGGAUGUUCUGCUUUAAAUGCUUUAUUCUUUGAACUUGGUCCUUGUAAAGUUAACAAAGGAGGAAAUAGUACAUCUGAAAAUAGUAAUUCAUGGAAUAGUAAUGCUACCAUUAUUUUCCUAGAUCAACCAGAUGAUGCAGGUUUCUCUUACGGCGAAGGUGUAUCUGAUACUGCCUCCGCUGCAUUUGAUAUAUAUGUAUUUACACAAAUCUUUUUCACCCAAUUCAGUCAAUAUGCUAAUUUAAGUUUCCAUAUUGCUGGUGUAUCGUAUGGAGGACAUUACAUACCCACCCUAGCCUCACUGAUAAUGAAAUAUAACAAUGAUAAUAGUAACGCAAUGAAACUUACUAAUAUCAAUCUUAAAUCCAUCUUGAUUGGAAAUGGUCUAGUAAACCCUCUAUUACAAUUCGUACAUUUUCCAGACAUGGCUUGUCCAUUAUUAGAUCCUUUAUCAUGUAAUCAGAUGAAAAAUAAUACUCAACAAUGCUCAGACUUGACUCAAACGUGCUAUAAUACAAAAAAUGCGAAAGACUGCGUAUUUGCUAAAACGGAUUGUUUUAAUACACUGAUUGAACCUAUUGAAGACGCUAGUUUAAAUAUUCUUGAUUUAAGACAACAAUGUAGUGGUAUUUUGUGCUAUCCAGAUUUCGGAGAUAUUGCGAUCUAUCUUAGUCGUGAUGAUGUUAGGAAUGCAUUAGGUGUUGAUCCUUCAGUUGCCUUUCAACUAUGUAGCAUUAAUAUUAAUAAUAAUUUCAUUAUGUCUGGUGAUUGGAUGCUUCCAUUUGACGGAUUUAUUCCAUCACUACUAAACAGCAAUAUUCGAACAUUAGUAUAUGCUGGUGAUAAAGACUAUCUUUGUAAUUGGAUUGGCAAUAAAGCAUGGACAAAAGCACUUGUAUGGAGUGGCUCCCAAGGUUUUAAUAAUGCUAAUGAUUCUGCAUGGAUAACAAAUAAUGGUAAUCAUUCUGGAGAUGUUACAACAUUUGGAGUACUUUCAUUUCUAAGAGUUUUCGAUGCGGGACAUAUGGUACCUCAUGACAAGCCAGCUGAAAGUUUAGAUUUCUUUAAUAAAUGGAUAUUCAAUAAACAUUUGUAA